AUGCCGGAUAAAGUUAGGAAUCCAAUCAAAGUGAAGAGAAAGAAAGUUGUCUGUAUGGCUGAGAAGCGUGACGGAAGACAGUGGAAUAUAUAUUUUCCAAAGCACAGAAAAAUGAAAGCAAGUAGAUCCAUUCAGUGCAGAAAGUAUUUCAGAAAUAGAUCACAGCUUCUUGCACAUCAAAGAAUAAAGAAACAGGGGACACCUGAAUACUCAGAGACAAGACAUAAAUUCAGUCUCAGUAGUAAUAUUAAGCAGCAUCAGAAAACUCACACAGGGGAGAAACCUUUUGAAUGCUUGGAGUGUGGAAAGAGAUUUAGUACGAGUGGCAGUCUUCAAAAGCAUCAGAGAACCCACACAGGAGAGAAGCCUUUUGAAUGCUCAGUGUGUGGAAAGAGAUUCAUGUGGGGUGGCAGUCUUCAAUAUCAUCAGAAGAUCCACACAGGGGAGAAGCCUUUUGAAUGCUCAGAGUGUGGAAAGAGAUUCAAUCGGAAUGGCCAUCUUGAAACGCAUCAGAGAACCCACACAGGGGAGAAGCCUUUUGAAUGCUGGGAGUGUGGAAAGAGAUUUAUUGCGAGUUAUGCUCUUCAAAGGCAUCAGAGAAUCCACACAGGGGAGAAGCCUUUUGAAUGCUCAGAAUGUGGAAAGAGAUUCAGUCAUAGUGGCAGUCUUAAACAUCAUCAGAAGAUCCACACAGGGGAGAAGCCUUUUGAAUGCUCAGAGUGUGAAAAGAAAUUCAUGUGCAGUGGCGAUCUUCAAAAGCAUCAGAGAACCCACACAGGAGAGAAGCCUCUUGAAUGCUCAGUGUGUGGAAAGGGAUUCAGUCAUAGUGGCCACCUUCAAUAUCAUCAGAGGACACACACAGGGGAGAAACCUUAUGAAUGCUCAGAGUGUGGAAAGAGAUUCAGUCAGAGUGGCAAUCUUCAAUGUCAUCAGAGAACCCACACAGGAGAGAAGCCUUUUGAAUGCUUGGAGUGUGGAAAGAGAUAUAGUAUAAGUGGCAGUCUUAAAUAUCAUCAGAGAACCCACAGAGGGGAGAAGCCUUUUGAAUGCUCAGAGUGUGGAAAGGGAUUCUUGUGCAGUGGCAAUCUUCAAAAGCAUCAGAGAACCCACACAGGGGAGAAGCCUUUUGAAUGCUUGGAGUGUGGAAAGAGACUUCGUACAAGCGGCAGUCUUCAAUAUCAUCAGAGAACCCACACAGGGGAGAAGCCUUUUGAAUGCUCAGAGUGUGGAAAGAGAUUCAGUCAGAGUGGCAAUCUUCAAAAUCAUCAGAGAACCCACGCAGGAGAGAAGCCUUUUGAAUGCUCAGUGUGUGGGAAAAGAUUCAGUUGGAGUGGCAAUCUUCAAUAUCAUCAGACAAUCCACACAGGGGAGAAGCCUUUUGAAUGCUUGGAGUGUGGAAAGAGAUUUAGUACGAGUGGCAGUCUUCAAAGGCAUCAGAGAACCCACACAGGGGAGAAACUUUUUGAAUGA